GCCUCCAGUCUGCGACCUCAUCACUUGGGCUCCGUCAGUCCAAACGCACACAACGCGAGACCGGGAGAUCCUCUCUCUCUUGAAAAGCCGAAGAAAACCAUUUAUACCUAAACGUUAAGAAAGGCAGUGUGUGCGCCGCGCCUACUACUAGACCCGACUGGUUUUUUUUUUGAAAAAAGAUAGUAUUUCUGUGCGACUUCGUGCUUGUGUCUCUCUGCAUCCUGUCAUCUUCUCGGCCUUGGACAUUUUGUAGUAGAUUGUUCCGAGUUGCUUCGUCUGCGUCAACAUUGUUACUGUUAAAUAGAUUGCGAGGGUAAACGCAACACCCAGCGUAGCAGUACCUGAUAUUAAGAAGCUCGAGGAGGAAAAACCCUUUCCACAUCAAAAUGAACUCAGAGGAAUUCCGCAAGAGGGGCCGUGAGAUGGUGGACUACAUCGCCGACUACAUGGACACCAUCGAAAACAGACGCGUCACCCCCGCCAUAGAGCCCGGGUACCUCAAGGACCUGGUCCCCAUGGAGGCGCCCCAGAAGGGCGAAGACUGGGACGACAUCAUGAAGGACGUGGAGAGCAAAAUCAUGCCCGGGGUAACUCACUGGCAGCAUCCCAGAUUCCACGCCUACUUCCCAUCCGGGAACUCCUACCCAAGCAUCCUCGGAGACAUGUUGAGCGACGGAAUCGGCUGCAUAGGCUUCUCAUGGGCGGCCUCCCCGGCUUGCACUGAGCUCGAGACCAUAGUCUUAGAUUGGCUAGGAAAAAUGGUCGGUCUGCCAGAGGAAUUCUUGUCCUUCUCCGAGAACAGCAAAGGUGGUGGAGUCAUACAGGGAUCAGCGUCUGAAUGCGUCCUCGUGUCCCUCCUGGCCGCCCGCGCCCACAUGAUCCGCCAGCUGAAGAAGCAGAACCCCUUCGUCGAGGAGGGGCUCCUCCUGUCGAAGAUGAUGGCCUACUGCAACAAGGAAGCCCACUCGUGCGUCGAGAAGGCAGCCAUGAUGGCCUUCGUCAAGCUCCGGAUUCUGGAGCCAGACGAGAACCAGUCCCUCAGGGGAUCCACACUGCGGCAGGUGAUGGAGGAGGACAAAGCCAUGGGACUCAUUCCAUUCUACGUCGAAACAACUCUAGGAACCACGUCCUGCUGCUCCUUCGAUAAUUUAGCCGAGAUCGGUCCCGUAUGUGAGGAAUAUGGAGUCUGGUUGCACGUCGACGGAGCCUAUGCUGGAAACUCCUUCAUCUGUCCCGAACUGAGAGCUCCCAUGAAGGGCAUUGAGUACGCAUCUUCCUUCAACUUCAACCCAAACAAAUUUAUGUUGACCAACUUCGACUGCUCACUCAUGUGGGUGAAAGACAGAUUCAGGCUAACCCAGGCUCUUGUUGUAGACCCACUUUAUCUACAGCACUCCUAUUCUGAGAAAUCUAUCGACUACAGGCAUUGGGGAAUCCCCCUCAGCAGACGCUUCCGCGCCCUGAAGCUGUGGUUCGUCAUCAGGUCCUUCGGAGUGGAGGGCCUCCAGAAGUACAUCCGAGAGCACUGCCGUCUCGCCCAGAGGUUCGAAGUCCACGUCAGGAAGGACAGUCGGUUCGAAGUCGCCAGUCCCGUCCAUCUGGGUCUCGUGUGUUUCAGAUUACGCGGAUCCAACCAGAUCAAUCAGAAACUGCUUUCGUCCAUUAACGCCUCCGGAAAACUGCACAUGGUGCCGGCCUCUCUCAACGACAAAUACGUCAUCAGGUUCUGUGUCUGUGCACAGAAUGCUACCGACGCUGAUAUAGAUCAUGCAUGGGACGUGAUUGCCCAAUUCGCAACAGACAUGCAAGACAUUAUCAACGACGAGAUCGUCGACAACAAAGAGGCCACGAAGGACGAGAAAGAAGAGGCUGAGAAGGAAGCCGAGGAGAACACCGAAGAGGUGUUCGCCAUGCUGGACCGCAAGAACAAGAAGAGCCUCCGGUACAAGAGGUCCUUCUUCGUCAGGAUGGUCUCCGAUCCCAAGAUCUACAACCCCAAAAUCGUCAGGAGCCUUCCAUCAUCCGGCCCCAGACGUCACACAACGUCGGAGGCGACGACGGACGAGAACAACGUCUGCGUCAAUUCUCCAACCAUUGACCGCGACAUCAUCACGGAGCUCAUGCAGACCACCAACCUGGAGAAGGCGCUGAAGGACGAGGAUAACAAACUCAAGUUCCUCACCAAAACGACCAGCGACCUCUCUGAGAGAAUCAAAAUGUACGGCAGGAGGGAAGGAGAGAUAAAGCACUAGCAAUAAUGGUCAUAUGCUCGUGUAACCGUAUGCAUUAACCGUAUGCGUGUAUGAAUAUAUACAUACAUACGUUAUAUAAAUAUAUAUAUAGGUAUACAAGCAGUCCCCGGGUUACGGCGGGGGUUCCGUUCCUGGCAGGGGGCUGUAAGCCGAAAAUCGCCUUAACCCAAGUCAUCAUAAUUAUAAUGGGAAUACAUAGCACUUACAGCACUGUUACAGUACCGUAAGUGCUGUAAGUCCAGGUUACAGCACUAUAAAGUAGAUAAUGGCGCUGAAAAAUUGUCAUUAACAGAGCCCUGAGGCAAGCGCCGUUAGUCCGGAACGAUGUAACCUGAACCUGACAUAACCCGGGGACUGCCUGUGUAUAUAUAUAU